CGAACAUUGUCUAUUUGGUAUUGUUGUCAUAGCAUCGCAAGACACAUUUUCAGAAUGGUAACCCUGUUUAGAGCAGAGGGCGAUAUACGUCAUGCUGACUCCAGCCAUCACAAUCCUAUACAUAUUGCAGCCACUGUUCCAUCAUCCUCACAACACAGAACCUCUUCCACAAUACAAUCAACUAGACAGCAACAUGUGCACUUCCAACUAUUACAUCCCAGCCGCGCAAGCAGUCAGCAUUCUCGGCUGUGCUCUCUUCUCAGGAACUCUCCUCUCCUUGUCUCUCUUCACAAUCCCAACCCUCACUCUUCCACCCCGACCAUCUCCCUCCUCUCCAACAUCCAUCCACCCAACCCCCUUCGCUCCCCCUCCCCAUCUAACCCACCAAUGGCUCUACACCUAUAAAAACACCCAACGACUUCUCGCCCCCCUAGCAACCACCACCUUCACAGGCUACAUAUACCUAGCCUGGUAUCUCCGGAACGACCCCACCGCUCGAGGGAAAUGGUAUCUCCUCGCCUGCGCGGUGUUGGUGGGUAUGUUUGCGUGGAAUCAUGUUGUUAUGAGGGGGAUUAAUGGGAGGCUUGAGGGGCAUGCGAGGAGGGAUGAUAAGGCGAGAGCGGAGGGGGAAGAGGGGAUGAAGAUGAGUGAGCAGGAGAGAGCAAAGAGAAGGAGGGAGGAUAUGAACGCGUUGAAGGGAUUGUGGUGGUGGGUAUGGUUGAAUGGGGUUAUGGCAUUGUUUCCGUUGGGUGCAGCGGGUGUUGGAUUCUGUGCUGGGAUGUAGGGUGGUUGUGUUGAUGAAGGAGUAUGGAUCCUUGGGCUAUGUUGAGUGAUUUGCGAAGGGCUGAUUGGAAGAAGCAGCGGAGUUUAGUCUCAAUACCUAUAUUGACAGUUGAUAAUAUCGCAAAGUGAUAAAUACAUUCCCCG